AUGGUUAGCCCUGAAAAUGCCAAAUCCAGCUCUGAUGACGAGCAGCGGAUGGAGCUUGAUGAAGAAAUGGAGAAUGAAAUUUGCAGAGUAUGGAAUAUGUCAACGGAUGAGAAUGUGGCUUUGUUUCUCCAAGAAUUUAAUGCUCCUGACAUAUUUAUGGGAGUAUUGGCCAAACCCAAAUGUCCUCGAUUAAGAGAAAUAUGUGUGGGAAUUUUAGGUAAUAUGGCCUGUUUCCAGGAGAUAUGUGUGUCCAUCAGCAGUGAUAAAAAUCUUGGCCAAGUAUUCAGACCCUCCUACUCUGCUGGUAACAAGCAGGUUGUUACUUACUUGCCUUUCCCAGACAGAAGUGGCCAGUGUCUGGGUUGA